AUGAGGCGAGCUAGGGCCGUCCAGCAGACACAGGCGCCGAGCGACCCAGAGCAGAUCGCGGGUGCUACACCACCACCACCGCAGCAACCUCAGCAACCACUCGCCGCCGACGCGCCGUGCGAGCAGGCUGGGGUCCUGCAUUCGCUUCUCUACACCGCACCACCGCCGUCGCCGCACGGUCGGGAAUACACGUACCCGUUCCAUUCCACCCACUCCCCGCUUCCAGUCACCACCCACGCCUCCGGCCUCCUCGGCCCCUCGCCCUCACCCUCGCCCUCGCUCUCGCCCAUGCCACCACGCCGCGUUGCUGCUGCUGCUGCUGCUACCGCAGGAGAAUGA